GAUACACCACACCUUAGGUGGCAGUAACUCUUUUGGCCUAAAAACUAAUAUGAUCUCACUCUUCGGUGAAACGCGAGGGAGUUCUCAGCCAUGUCUUCGGCGGAGCAGCCUCUUAAGAAGCGAAAAUUGUACGAGCUGCCACCGGAACCACCACCAACCCUCGCCAAGACAGAAAGCUUCGUGGUUCCUCCACAAACGCCGCCACCGCUUUCUCAAGAUGAAAUUCAGGCAAGGCGGAGAAAUAAAGACGAGAUUCGAAGCGUGUACGAGUGCUAUAAAAGACUUAAAGCUUGUAUUGCUCAACAGGAUGGUCGUCACGUGCCUGAGCUUGAACAAGCUUAUCUCUCUCUCAUAAGCGCUUCUCAAGGCUGUGCAAGUGUGCAACGUAUUGUAGCUGAUCUUGUUCCUCGAUAUGCAUCAUAUUGUCCAACUGCUCUAGAAGCUGCUACUAAAGUUGUCAUAAACAUGCAUAAUUGGAGUUUGGGAGUGAUCAAUAGAGGAGGCAAUUCUGAUGGUGUCGCAUUUCAAACUGCUAAAGCAUGCAUUUUUGGCCUACUUGAUAUUUGUUGUACUGCUUCUUCAGAAGCACUGACAUCAUCUGUCAUCCAAGGCAUCUGCUCUGCAGUUUUUCAUAAUGCACUGGUCUUCUUCUUAUCAUCCUUCGCUGGAAAAGAUAUUAUUCAUAAUGUUGAUAAGGAGAUGUUGAAGAUGCAAACAUCCAGUGCGAUUUUUCUUGAACUGAAGGAAAAGUAUUCCAAAGAGGAUGAGUCUUCAUUGAUUAAGUUAUCCAAGUUUCGUGUACUAAGUCUGCUUCAGAUCUUCUUCUCUAGCCCUAAGAAUCUGCUUGCUGCAUGGUUUGAACUUUUCAACCCUACUGCAUCAGAGGGAGCUCAUAGAGGAAAAUUCUUUUUCAGUCUUAUAACAAGCAGGUUUGAUGAUGACACUGUGGCUUGCCCUUUAGAUAUAAGAGGUGAUGGACCUCCUAAAUCUGCUGAAAGCAAGGAGGCUUGUAAUGAUGAACCAAUAUCUGGUGGCAACCAAGUUUCAAUAGAUACAUCUUCUGAUCCAAAGAAUUGCUUGUUGGGACUGGUCCUUGAUAAAAGUUCAUCUCUGAGAAGUUGGAUGUUUUCAAGGUAUAAGAAGUUAUGUAAGUCAUAUUCUUCAAUUGCAGUAUCAGAAAUUGCAUCUGCUUUUGACGUUAUCUUUGAGGCAUUUCCUGAAGUGGCCAAAGUGGAAGCCAGCGAUGUAGACAAUGAUGAGGAUGAUUCUGCUGCAUCAAAGUGUGUUAAUCAGAAGUACAUUGUGCCUAAGAUCUCUAAUCAACAUGAAACCUCCAGGGGGCCAUCAGGAAAAGAUGGUAAUUCAAGAGUUCAUGAUGGCUCCUGUGAUGAUAGUAUUAGUGACAAAUUUUCUGGACAAAAUCCAAAACCUCGCAGCUCAGUUGGCCCUCUUGAAACUGAUCUCCACUCAAAUGCAGGUUCUAGUCAUGAUAGUGCUGGCACAAGGUCAAUGGACUUUGAGACUUGUGACCAUGGAGACUACUCAUGUGGCAGGUCUUCCAUGCCCAGAGACUUAUCCAACCACCAUAUGCUUUCACCUGUUGCUAGAACACCAUUAGAAUCCCGGAGUAAUUCAUUUGAGGGAAGAAAUCAAUAUCCUGCAUUGAGAUCCUCAGAUGGAGGCACUAGCAAUGCUUUGGUAUCUCCUAAUCACCAGUCAACAGUGCCAUAUGCUUCUGCAACAUCUCAAACUGUUUGGUGUUUUGAUGGGGAUCUUGCUGCUGUGGAUAUUUUUUCUGCUUCUAAGCAAUUGUGGUUGAGUUCUUUUGGACCUGAUGUAUCUGAAGGUCAUAUAAGGUUUCAUCUUGAGAGGUUUGGUCCAUUAGACCAUUUCUUUUUCUUCCCAAUCAAAGGAUUUGCUUUGGUUGAAUACAGAAACAUAAUUGAUGCCAUAAGAGCUCGGGAUUAUAUCCAUGGAAACUUUCCUUGGCACGUAAAGUUCAUGGAUAUAGGACUGGGAACUAGGGGUGCCAUAAAUGGUGUUGUCGUUGGUUCAAGUUCUCAUGUUUAUAUUGGACAUGUUACCAGCCAGUGGGCAAGGGAUGAAAUUCUGCAUGAAUCAAGUAAAGUUGUUUACAAGGGUCCUAUCAUGGUGACUGAUCUUAGUUGUGAAGGUGCAUUACUAAUGGAAUUUGAAACUCCUGAAGAAGCUGCCACUGCAAUGGCUUAUCUUAGACAGCUUCGUAAGGAUAGAAGUAACUAUAUACCGCCUUUAAAUGCUGGGCCAGCUAAUCUUGCAAUAUCCCAUAUGGAAGUUGCAAGGCCUGUACCUGCUGCCCCUGUCCAUGCUGACAUCAGAAGCAGUCAUAUGGGCAACAUGUCUACUAGUGCUUUUGGAUCACCUCACACGGCUUUCCACAGUGCAAGUCAACCAGGAAAGCACCAUGCUUCACCAUACACUGUAAGACAUGAGGGCAACUUGAUGGAGCUUGUAUCCCCCAGAGUAAUAUCUGAGAAUCAUGGAACUGGAGUACAAGGUGGACACUCAUUUCAAUCCAAUUGGUCUGUUUCUACUUGUGCAGAGAUUCCUGAAGCUGGGGUUAGAAAAAUUGAUGGUAACAUGGCAUGCUUACCUAUCACAACACAGGGAACUGUACCACCACAAAUCUGGCCAUCCCCAUUUGUGCGACCUGUUUACCCUCCUCCAACCAGUUCCUGGAAUUCUAGGGGUUCAAAUCAUCAUUACUCUUUAAACCCAAUCUCGCCCAGUGUUGUGCCCCAUACAUUUCAUGGGAAUGUGGUUACCGCUCCUUUUAUACCCCCUUCGGUGACUCCACUUGCGCAGAUACAGGGAGCAUCAAUGCAGAGUUAUGAUCAGGUGUUUAGUCAUCAUGUUGUACCACUACCUUUAUCAUCCAUACCACCUCCGCAGCUUGAAGAACCUCCUCCGUUGCCUCCAUCCCCACCACCUUUGCCUCAGUCACAGCCCCCUCUGGUUCCUCCUCCACCUAGUUCUCCCCCUCCACCUCCACCUCCACCUGCUGCAGAGUCAACCGAAAAGGAAAGUUCUGGACAAUUAGUCCAGUUCCAGUGGCAGGGAAUGCUAUGCAAGAGUGGUGUUCACUACUGCACAAUCUAUGCUCGAAGAGAGGAUUCAGAUAUUUGCAAGUAUUGGAAUGACAUUUCUGAACCUGCUGAAUGGCCUGCUAAAUUAGAUAUGACGAAACGAACAGAUUUCCAGCAUGUGAAGUCAACAUUUACUAGUACCCCACCACAUAAAAGGGAGGUCUGUCGGCUGAUUCCCUCUUCUUCCAACGACCAUAAAGGACUUCAGGAUUUUAUAUCAUACCUGAAGCGGAGAGACUGCGCUGGAGUAAUAAAGAUUCCAGCCUUAAAAUCCAUUUGGGCGAGGCUUAUCUUUAUACUUCCUCGCUCGCAUGAGGAUGAAGCCGUCGCUGCUGGGCUCAGCCCUGAUGAAGGAGCAUUGGAUCCGGUUGAAUCGCAGAGGGUUGUUGAUCUGUUGAACAGGGAAUUGUCUAGGUUGCUAAAAUUAAACCCUAGAGAUUUCUGGAGAGAAGUGGCUGGUGACGCUUCGUUGCAUGAAUUUUUGAAUAGUUUCUUAAAGUUCAGAAGCAGAUGGUAUGAUUUUCCGUAUCGUGGAGUCAAGGGAAUAGUUGCAGAGGUCAUUGUUGGGGACCUCGAACUAAGCCGCCGUGUUUUUAUGUUAUUUUAUCGAAUAUCUUCUAAUAAGGAUCCUGGUGCCAGUGCUGCUGAUACCCUUAGUUCUAAAGACCAUGGAGUCCUUUUGCAGGAAAAGAAGUUGCUUGACUUGCCUAAGCUUUUGGAUAUUUGUGCUAUAUAUGGUCAUGAAAAUGAAGAUUUGACCAGAUUGCUGGUCAGUAAUGCUUUGAAAGCACAGCCUGGGAUUCAUGACAAUUUUAUUGGAGUAUUGUCUCAAUUCUUGGGUAUUGUCCACACAAUGCAUCAACGUUGCAGCUUAUCUUUAGAGGCACUAUUUUCGUCUGGGCUUCAAGAAGACAGAGAAUUAAGUCGGCUUCAUGCUGAUCUUUUGGAGGUGAUGGACUUUAUAAAUGAUGCAAUUGUAUCCAUGGAUGCUUUUGUUACUGCAUACAAACCAGCAGCUCUGAUCUUUUUGUGCCCUGUUGAGAUGAGUUUUGGGAAUGAGGAAUUGCUCAGCACUCUUGCCCAGUUGCAUGAUUCAUUGAUACCAUCUUUUCAGUGUGGGUUUCGAAUCAUUUUUACUGCUGGAGAAGAUGAAAUGAUAACCAACAUUUCUAUUAGUUUGAAGAUGUUAUCUAUGAGAAUAGUCAAAUGUGGUUGGAAAUUAUUAGAUGUUUGCUAUCUAAGCAGUGAGGUGUUUGAAGAUGAUCUUCCCAUUCCAGGUAUCAAAAAAAUGUUUCCUGCUAAAGUGGAGGAUCCCUUCGUUAGGGCAGAUAUUGUACUUCAAACUUUAAGGGAGAUCAAUGGAUUUUCUCUACAAGUUCAGGACCAAAACAGGGAAACAUUUCUCAAGAAAGUUGAAAGGAAUUACAAUUUACUUCAAAGACUUGAGGAUCUACAGAAUACUGGAUGGUUAUUCAUGGAGGAUGAACAAUUUCAAUAUUUAUCUAGGAUCAUGUGUCCUUCAAAAGACCUUUCUAAGCAGCCCCCUGUACCUCCUCAUGUGACGAGCAACAAAAUGCGUAUGGAUGAAGAUACUGCAAUCAUGGAGUCUAAAAUAAGUCAAGUGAAGGACCUGUUUCCUGGUUAUGGUAAAGGGUUUCUUGCUGCAUGUCUUGAAGUUUACAACCAUAAUCCAGAAGAGGUUAUCCAGAGGAUCCUUGAGAAUACUCUCCAUGAAGAUCUGCAGUUGUUGGAUACAUCUUUAGAGAGGAUGCCAAUUCCCAAGUCUACUUUGAUUGUAAGCAAGAAUGAUAAAGGGAAAGGAAAACUAGUUGAACCUACAACGCCAAAUUCUGCUACACCUGUGGCCAAUGUUUGGGAGCAACAAACUGAAAGGCCCUCAUUUUCAUCCUCAUCUACAGUGGGAAGGUACAUUAGGAAGUCUAGAGCUGACUUACCUGAUAAUGUUACCCUUGAUACCAGAGAUGAAGAUGAUAAUGCAAGAACUAGUGCUAUGAUUUCACAGUAUGAGUAUGAAGAUGAGUACGACGAUUCUUUUGAUGACCUGGGACAGAGUGUACCAGAGUCUGGAUUUGAGGAAAAUGAGAUAUUGGGUGACAGAAUCAGUUCUGCAUCGGGUAACUCUUGGGGUACACAGACUGCUAGCUCUGCUCAGGUAACUCUUAGUUCAAAAUGGGGAUCUAGGAAAAAGCCCCAAUAUUAUGUUAAAGACGGUAAGAAUUAUAGUUACAAGGUUGCAGGCUCGGUAGCUGUUGCAAAUGCUAAUGAAGCAUCAUUAGUCACUCAAGCUCAGACAGAAUUAAUAUAUGGCCUUGGACUCGGUGGCAAUCUUCCUCUGGGUGCUGUAAAGAAGCUAAUGGAGCUUGAGGGACAGGAUAAGCAGUCUGAUGUUUUGGAGAUGGAAGUUAGAGAGGAUAUGAGAAAUUCUCGGGGCCGGGGCAGGACGGGAGGAAAGUCAAGAGAUGCCAAUGAGGAAAAAGAUAUCAAGCCCGAUGGUUCCGAUAUGGGAGGGAGAGGGGACAUGGGAAAUCAUAAGGGCGGGGGAAGGAGGGGUGGAAGAAACCAUUACAGGAAGGACCGGGCUAUGAAUAAACACUUUACUGGAGUGAGUGGUCGCUAGAAACCAUUUAAAUAUAAAGAAAAUGGAGUCACUGUUCUUUGUCAUAUAUGUUUCAAGACAGUAGAGAAGUUUUGUCGAGGGCAACAAAAAAUUGUAGAGUUUGUUUCGUUUGAGGUCAUCCAGAGUAUUAGUCUGUUUGACAUUGACAAGCUGUUUAUAUAUUUUUGGAGUUUGUUUCA